AGUCAUACGGACUGUCACCAAGCCAAACGAUAUAUUGUUCUUUAUUUAUUAUUUUAUCGUGUUUUCUGUGUACGGAAGUGGUAUUUUUUGAAAAUUACAAUGGCUGGCGUUAGUUUUUCGAUGAAAUACGUCUUAGCAUCCAUUCUGGCGAUGCUGUGUAUAGCAGCUCUGAUACAGGAAUCGAACGCCCGACCCCCGUGGCUGUCGCCUGGCAGUGGUAUCUUCACUGAGUCAGCGGAGUGCCACACUGACGAUGAACUUCUAGACCUCUGCCAAAGAUGUGCCAAGCUCACAAAAUCUAGACUUGCCUAUCCAGCCUGCUGUUCAACCGACUUGCAAGCCAGGAAGUGGUGUUCAGACUAUGUGUACUUCGGUAGGGGGGCAUACGACUUUUACCUUAUUUGAGGCUCAAAAAAGGGGUAAAUGUGACCUUAACUUGGAACCUCAAGUGGUAGCUAUUAAUUUGCAAUGUACUGUACUAAAUACGAUGAGCUAAGUA